GAAGAUCCUCAAUCCCCCAUUCCUCCAAUACUGUGUACUUCUCAGCUUUAAUGGACUCUGCAGUCCACCUCCCACUGAUUGGCCCCUUCGUAUGGAUGCACAGACAGUACGUACUCUUGGGUUUUUCUUCCCCCCCCCCCUCCUUCUCCUCUCUCCUGUCCUGUCAAUGUGGAAAUCUUUCUUUCCCUUUUCUCUCUGAAGUUUGAACACGUUAUCGCGUGGGGUUUGGCGAUGGACUUAGUUAGUGUCCACCACCGGCCCGUCGAUCACAUCGUCUAUCCUUUCCCUUCUUUUCUGCCGUUGACAUUAGCGCUCACUCUCGUCUUCCCUUGUCGUUUCUUUUAUUAAUUAUAUAUAGGGAGUGUGUUAAUUAACCUUGUUCUAUUUAAAAACGGAUCUUCUUCACGGUCCCAUCCCAGUCUAUGUUUCAUCUCAGAACUUACUCAGCCUCACUGCCCGACUUUCUCAUCGGCUUCCCUUUUUGACUAUGUUUGGUCUGGUCUCAACUAUCAUCAUUUCUACAAGAAGACCAUUUUGACUACGGAUGGUGCCUAAAAGAAGUCACAUUAGACCCAUGGCCUGUGAGCGCUUUAAACAUUUAUAUAAAUCACUCUGCUACUCAACUCACGCGCUAUCCUGACGCAUCAUCCCCCACUACUUUGGCUUGUCAAUACAUCCUAGACGUGGAGACGAUUAUCGGGAAGGUCAUUUUAGACAGCCGACUUGGCAGCUAUGAGUGAGCCUAACCCCAAAAGACUGACUUGGGACAACUCGGCGGAUAUCCUCCAAGGCAUGCUGGACCGGCAGGUCGCACCAACGUCACCGCAGCUAGAGUUCUCAUCGGAUGGGUUUGUAACCUCUGAAUACGCUCUAGGCGAUCCAGCAUCUUUUCUGGGCCUGCAGUUCGGUCCCGACUCCGCAAUAAUCCCGCACAGCCAUCUAUCUAUGCUCAACCAAUGGCCACCACAUCACCAGCAAACAUCGUCACCACCGCCUCAACCCAGCUUGGACGUUUCUCAGUACCAUCACCCGCGGUUAACGAGCAAUCAAGAUGCGUGGAACCCGCUUCAAGUAACGGGUGUGCCGGUGAACACGUCGGCAUGGGGGUUUCCUAACGCGAAUAAGCUCCAGCAAACGCCUGAGGGUGGCCGCAAAAAUUCGACGGGACAGUACAGCGCAACUUCCGAGAGCGACAGCCAUUAUAACGGCUUCCACCCCUCGGAUUCGGGAUACUGCAGUCGCAGCUGUACCACGCGUUCAGUCACCACGUCGUCUUACGCGGUUGAUUCCGUCAGCAGCCCAUUCUUGGCGCCGCAUGAACAUGAACAAGAUCGAGCGUCAAUGCUGGACCUCGGUCCAUCCCAAUGUGGUGACACAGUUGUCGAUGCGCUAGAGAUAGCAGAAUCACCAUCUUUAAUGUGUCAUGAUGUGAUUACAUGUGAUUACCCCAACUGCCCUUGGACGGGCAAGUGUCCAUCCGACAAGAGGAAGCAUGAAGCGAGACACAGAAAGCUGUUCAAAUGCGACGAGCCCGGUUGUACGCGGAAGGAAGGCUUCGGCACCAUCAAUGACCUUGCACGACAUAAGAAGUGCGUCCACAAACAGGAACCAGAGCGCGGGCCCAAAGUGUUGUACAUGUGUUUUGGGCGUAAUUGUCCACGCCGAGGUAAAGAAUGGCCCCGGUUGGACAACUUCCGUCAGCAUCUCUCCCGGAUGCACAAUGACGAGGAUACCAAUGAACUGCUGAAAAGGUCGCAUGAUUGGUAUGAGUCUUAUGUGAAGCCACGAAUUGAGCCUUCAUCUUUUACCGACCGCUUCUCGGAUGAGGUCACGGUUGCUGCUUCUGAAUCAGAAUAUGUCAGAAGGGGUUCCGGUCAGGACCUUUACAGCUUGCGGUCUCCAGAUACGCCUGUCUUUCGGCCAUCUAAUGAGUCAGGCCCUCAACCAAUUAAGGACCCCCAGACUCAACGGAGAUAUUCUACCUUGGAUAGUACACCAAGGCUCCCUGCAAGAGAUACUACACAGCGCCUUGAACUACCGGCCCUGACGACCCUCAAUCUGAGCUCAACCACGGACCUAGAGCCUUCUACUUCUUCUCGGCUAGGACACUCCCAACCUGAUAGUAUGGAAAACAUGGUAUCCGAGAUGGCUACUAACAUGGUCAACGUCAUGGCAAGAAUGAUGAACAGCAGUAGCAAUGAUAGCGGUAACAGCCAGCGCAGACAUAGUCACCAUAUGGGCGACAAAGUAAAGACACUUAAGCGGGAUGACGGACUGUCCGAUCAGAAGCGGGAGAUGAUGCAAAAGAUUUUAUCUGCAGCUUUAGACCAGGUGUCCGGGAACUCAGAACCUAGUCAGGCUGCUUCGCAGGCGGUGCCUGACAGUAAGUCCGACAAAAAAGGCUGGAUACAAUGUGAAUUCUGCACAAAGCGCACGCGUUUGCGCUGCGAAAUGAAGAAACAUAAGAAGCGCCAUGAGCGACCGUACGGUUGCACAUUUGAAAAAUGCAGCAAGACCUUCGGUAGCAAAGCUGACUGGAAACGACACGAGAACUCCCAGCAUUUUCCCUUGCAGAGUUGGCGCUGCACCCUUCCCGAUGCUACGCAAGGGGAUAGAUCUUGUGCUCGCCUAUUCUACGACCAAGGAGAAUAUACCCGUCACCUGAAAAAGCAUCACCAUGCAGAAGAUAAUGAGGUGCAGACUGCACUGGCCAAAAACAGCAUCGGACCGCACGGACAGUCGCAAUUCUGGUGCGGCUUCUGUCGCGACAUUAUCCCACUAAAGGGCCAGGGCCUUGCCGCGUGGAAUGAGCGCUUCAAUCACAUAGAUUCUGAGCACUUCAAAAAUGGCGAGCGGAUCGAGGAUUGGCUCCUCCCUUCGGGGCAUCUGACCAAGGGCCGAGAACGCAGCGAAGGAAAGGAACGAAUCGGAACGCACGAAGAUGGAGAUGGCGAGCCUCCAGCAGAUGAUGUGAGCGACGAUGAGACUGUCGGCAGUGUCUGUAACUCUGAGGGCGAGAACCCACGGGAUGAAACCCCCAUGGCGGCCCCAGAACAAGUACAUAAUCUUUCACUUCGCCAAGUGAACACUCCUUUCGAAAACAAUUUUCCUAUGUUUAACUCUCUUUCCGACCAGACGAACUUACGAAAACGCAAAUUUUCCGCCCCACAACCGUCGUCAGACUACUACGUUCGGGCAGAUAUUCCGGCUAUGGAGAAAAGAUAUAAGACCGAUGAUGCCAUUCAAUCCCAUUAUGGGAACCUCGUCUACUGCUGUCAGUGUAUGCAGGGUCCGUUUUCUUGGUCUUAUACCGCUCAAUGCUUAUAUUGUCCUCAUAGCUUCUGUGGCAAUUGUGGGAGUGAGCGCCAGCCUCGGCCUAAUGGAUAUAUAGAAUCCUCUUAAAAAAUACCGUACAUACAUAUUGAGCCUACCAAACUAGCUCUAAAUGAUAUGAAAGU